AUGCAGCUCUUAUCCAAUAGGAGAAAAGGAGACAUCCCAUAUAAAAGGGGAGAAGUGAAAAUGGAUCUCUUACAUGACCAGGACAGGCGAAAAAGAAAGAUAUUUAUCGAUGUAAACCAAGGAAAUAACUUGGUCAAGUGUGAUAUGCUAAUAUCGAUGCAUGAAGAUGGAAAACGGAAAUUGAAGAUGUUGCUGAAAGAUAAUGAUAAUUUGAUACUGGAUAAUGUGCUAAAUCUAAAUAUAUAUAUUAAAAACAUAUGGAUUUCCAUGAAUUUAAUGUGCACUUUUACAAUUUAUGAUUUAAUACUCAUAUCGAGGUCUUUCAAGAAUACUGAAAUAAUUUAUGAUGAUAUUUCAUCUAAUUGUAAUGAAGAUGAUUCCAUAUUUAAAGAUGGUCUAGGGAAAAGGAAAAAUACAUAUUUUGUUUAUUUCCAGAAUUAUAAAAUUCGAAAAAAUGUCGUAAAAAUAUUUUUUCAAAACCCUUAUGUUGUCUGCUUUAUACAUAAAAAUGGAUCUGUACAUGUACACGGCGCAUUAACAUUAAGAAAAGGUUUAUUAAUUUUGAUCAAAGUCAUUAAAAGGUUGAAAUAUAAGACCUUCUGGAUAUAUCUAAAUAGCUGUCCUAGAGGAAUAAGUGACAAGGAGAAACAGUUCCAUUCAUGUGAAAACAAAGAGAAAGAUGUACCCUCUUGUUUUAAUCAGUAUGAUUCAGAUUCGCAAGAGGGAGAAAGUGAAUAUAUAACGUUUGGACUUGCUGAACAGGAGCUAGAUCAUCUCCAUGAAGCAGCUAUCACAGGGGAAAAUCUCAUUGAUGAGUUUGAGGUGAAUUACAAUAGUGAUUCGAAUGUUUCAGAUGAGGCAUUCUGUGAAGGGGUUAUCGCGGAGGAAGGAUCAAUUUUGAAGAGGACCACAUCUAGAGAAUCCAUUUCGAGAGAAUCCAUUUUGAGAGAACCCAUUUUGAAAGAACCCAUUUCCCCAGAUGUGGAAGCGUCGAGAUCGUCAAAGGAAUCCUCCUCAGCCUCAGAUCGGAGCUGUGGGUCAGGAGAGAAAAGCAAAAAGUUCAACAAAAUUAUUAACUUUUGCGAAAAUGUUAUUAAAGAAUUAAAUGGGAAAAUUCAAAAUUAUGGACAGGAAGUCUUUGAAACGGUUCAUUCACCUCCAAAAAUGAAAUAUGACGAGGGGGAAGAAAAAAAGGAAAUUACAACAAAAUAUAAAAAGUAUAGUAAUUCGAAAAAGUGCAAAAAAUGGAUUAAGAAAAAUAAUCGCAGGCCACUUCCUUCCCAAGCUGGAUACGAUCAAAUAAUUGAAGAUUUAAAAGACGACGAAAUGUUCAUAGACAUGAAUGAAAAAGAAGAUAUACCAGAUGUAUGUCAUCCUAAUGAGGACAAUGCUGACCUAGAUGAAAUAAAUCCAGAGGACAGCAUAAACAAGAAUGAUGAUAAAAUGUCAUAUGAAUUCGAUCCUUCUUCGCAACAAUUUUAUGAGAUUAUGGAUAAAACUACUGAACUAGCAUAUUUCAGUCAACCGUCGACAUGUUUAAAAAAAAGAAAAACACAAAGGACAUGCGAAAAUGAGUUUUCAAACAGAAAAGAAAAAACAAAUUCGAUUGAAAAGGAAAAUCAUGUCGACCUACACUCGGGAUCCCAUGCAGAUAAUCAGCGCAGUUCACUGAAAAGUCUUCCAAAUGAAGUUGGAGAGAAAAUUUUCCGUAGCAAAAAAUUUAUAUACCAAUUUGACACUUAUCAAAGGUGGAAAUAUAUCACCCGAGAUGACAUUGUAUUCGACAUGAACAACUUCAACAUCAAACAGCUAGUUUCCGUUUUUAAAGUUAAAUUAAGAUAUUUCGACAUUUCAAGAAUUUACAAAUAUAGAGAAUUUAAAAAUAUUGUAACCGAUAUUAACAACAUUAUAUAUAUAAAAAUUGAUCAUAACCUUUUAAGUAAAUUAAUUCAACAAUUUAGUGUGGAUUAUUUUGUGCAAAAUAAUUCGGAAGAAUUUUUCGGCAGAAAUGUGCUGCAUCCCUCUGUUAAGACUGUCCUACUUUUUAGUUCUGGAAACAUAGUCCUUUACGCAUGUAAGAGUAGGAACGAGGUGUUGUGUGUGUCCAGGUUUAUCGUAAAUACUUUGAAGAGAAACAACAACAUAGUGCUCUGA